AUGGAAAUCGUAUCUGCUCCUGAGGGGGUAACAGAAUGUGAUCCACCAGUGAUCCAGUUGGAGCAUGAGCCAGAGCCAGCGGCUCUGUCAGAAACAACAGCAGAAGAGGAAGAUGACCAACUUCCCGGGCCAACACAUUCCUAUAUCCUCUACAUUGGGAACUUGAACCCCAAAUACUCACGAGAAGUUAUCUGCAGCAUGCUAAAGGACAUUUUAGGCACGGCCAGCAUCACCCUCCAGAGGCACAACAUCGAAGUGAUCCGGAAACGCAGGCAGGCCUAUGCCCUUGUGCAGGUGGCAACUGAUGUGAGCUUGGAGCACGUCCUAAAACAGUUGCUGCUGGCAUCGGAAUCGGAGCAACACUUGGUCAAGGAGCUGGUGAAGAAAGGCAAAAACCUGGUUGUGGGACAAGGCAAGGCGUUUGGAUUGGGGGCCAACAAUAGCAGAGAGACUGACUCCCUAGGGAGCAGCUCGGAAUCUCGUCUAGGAGGGUUGCAGGGGCCUGAGAGGCGGAUGAAACCACCAGCCAACGAAACCCAGACUAACACCAGCAGAAGGUUCGCUCAGCACGCUUGGAGGCUGACAAACCGGCCGGCGGCCUUUCUGAGCGGCACUCGUUCGGACAGCGCCAUCGUCCAGAAAGAGAUUGUUGGCAAGGAGUGCCUCUUCUAUGGCGCUUUCAUGGGGAGCGAGACGCGGAACAUGGAAUUUAAACGUGGAGGCGGGGAAUAUCUGACCGUCACUCUGAAGCAUCACGUGCGGAAAUAUGUGUGCGCAUUUCUCAACAGCGAAGGGGGAAGCCUUCUCGUGGGGGUGGAAGACGACGGCUUCGUGCUGGGGGUCCGCUGUGACCACAAAGAUGAAGACAGGGUCCGCCUCCUCAUCGACUCCAUUCUGAAGGGUUUCAAACCGCAGGUUUUCCCAGCGGCUUAUACGCUGAGUUUCAUCCCCGUCAUCAAAGCCGAAGACACCGGCAUCUUCCUGAAAGUUAUCCGGUUAACUGUUCAUCCUCCCAAACAGCACGGGGAACCUCUCCUUUAUGAAACAGACCAAGGGGAAGUGUACAUCCGGCGAGACGGCAGCAUUCAAGGCCCCCUCUCUGGGAGCGCCAUUCAAGAGUGGUGUCGGCAGAAAUGGACAGAGGAGCUCAAGAAGCUGGAGGGGAAAAUAGAGCAUUUGUUGAAGGAGAAGGAGAUGAUGCGGCAGCAGGUGCAACAGGAUACCAGCCCGCGAUGCUGUGUCCCCAGGUAA